CGUGGUACAGUAGCUCAACUACAAUCUGCCUUCUGGUAGCUACCACGUCUGGUUUUGCGAUUAAAAAGGAUGGCAGAGCCCGAGCCACCCCUCUCGUGUGACUGCUUUGUGUCCUUGCCCCCUGGCUCACAAGAUGAUCACGUGAUCUUUGGGAAGAACUCUGACCGUCCUAGAGAUGAGGUCCAGGAGGUUCUUUACUACCCAGCAACCAGUCACCCAUCCGGGACCAUGCUGGAGUGCACAUACAUUCAGAUCCCUCAAGCAGAACACACCCAUGCUGUGGUCCUCAGCCGGCCUCCCUGGCUGUGGGGGGCCGAGAUGGGGGCCAACGACAAGGGGGUCUGCAUCGGGAAUGAGGCGGUGUGGACCCGCGAAGCUAUCGAUCCAGGGGAAGCCCUGCUAGGAAUGGACCUGGUCCGCUUGGGACUGGAGCGUGCGGACAGUGCCUGGGGGGCGGUGAGUGUGAUCACUGGUCUGCUGGAGCAGCACGGCCAGGGGGGGCCAUGCAGGGAGGACCCGGCUCCCUUCAGCUACCACAACUCCUUCCUCCUGGUGGACUGCAACGAGGCCUGGGUCCUGGAGACCGCCGGAAAGCUCUGGGUGGCACAGAAAGUCACAGAGGGGGUGAAGAACAUCUCCAAUGCGCUGACCAUCGGGACGGAUAUCUCGGCGGAGCACCCAGAGCUGAGGAGUGUGGCCCAGGCCCAGGGUUGGUGCAGCGGCGAGGGAGAGUUCUGCUUCAACGAGGUGUUCAAGUCUGAACCCCCCCCCGCCAGGAUGGAACUGGCCAAGAAGCAUCACAGUGGGGGCACACAGCUCCUCCAACAGCAUGAUGGUUCUGUGACGGCCGAGGUGAUGAUGUCCAUCCUGAGGGACAAGCCCAGUGGGAUCUGCAUGGACUCUGGGGGGUUCCGCACCACUGGCAGCAUGGUGUCCAUCCUGCCCCGCGACCCCAGCCUGCCCUGCAUCCACUUCCUCACUGCCACCCCCGACCCCUCCAGGUCUGUUUUCAAGCCUUUUAUCUUCUCUGAGUCUGUGACCCCAGUGUCGAGGGUGAUCUCCCCACAGUACGGCCCAGACGACCCGGUCAGGAAGCAGCCGCGCUUCCAGAGCCUAGUGGACCGCAGGCACGACCUGUACAAGGCCCAUGAGGGGGCCCUGCAGACUAUGGAGACCAACCCGGACGCAGGGAAUGCUCUGACUGAGACGUUGAGGAUGUUGGAGGGCCAGUGUCUGACGGACAUAUCAGCCCUGCUCAGUGGAGAAACACCAGCAGAAGAGGAACUGGGGGACCUGUUCUUUGACUGUGUGGAAACGGAGCUGAAGUUCUACCAGUGAGGAGCGCUCUCAUGUGGAGAUCGCUAGUGCUCGCAGAUCGGCAGGAGAUGGCCCUGGGACUGUUUCGUCCUGUGCUCCUGUUAGAUUGGCUCCCUCCCGUCUCAUGCACUAGAACCCUCUUGAUGCCAUUCCAUCCAUCAUUGACACAGAAUAUAAAUGUCUUAACGUUCCAUGGGAUUGGAGCAUCAUUGUCAUUUGUAUCACUUUAGGGAGCAACGCUCGCCCCACAUUAGUGAGUAUGUGAUAGACCACUACAGGAGUGUACAGUUCCAGUCAAAAGUUUGGACACACCUACUCAUUCAAGUGUUUUUCUUAUUUGACUAUUUUCUACAUUGUAGAAUAAUAGUUAAGAUGUCAAAACUAUAAAAACACAUAUGGAGUCAUGUAGUAACCAAAGUUUAAAGGUUUAAACCAAUCAAAAUAUAUUUGAUAUUUGAUAUUCUUCAAAGUAGCCAUCCUUUUCCUUGAUGACAACUUUGCACAUUCUUGGCUUUCUCUCAACCAGUCUAACCUGGAAUGCUUUUCCAACGGUCUUGAAGGAGUUUCCACAUAUGCUGAACACUUGUUGGCUGCUUUUCCUUCACUCUGCGGUCCAACUCAUCCCAAACCAUCUCAAUUUGGUUGAGAUCGGGGGAUUGUGGAGGCCAGGUCAUCUGAUGCAGCACUCCAUCACUCUCCUUCUUGGUCAAAUAGCCCUUAUACAGCCUGGAGGUGUGUUGGGUCAUUGUCCUGUUGAAAAACAGAGUCCCGCUAAGCGCAAACCAGAUGGGAUGGCGUAUCGUUGCAGAAUACAGUGGUAGCCAUGCUGGUUAAGUGUUCCUUGAAUUGAAUCACUUAGUGUCACCAGCAAAGCACCAUCACACCUCCUCCUCCAUGCUACACAGUGGGAACUACACAUGCAGAGAUCAUCCGUUCACCCACUCUGCGUCUCACAAAGACACAGUGGUUUGAACCAAAAAUCUCAAAUUUGGACUCAUCAGACCAAGGGACAGAUUUCCACCGGUCUAUUGUCCAUUAAUCAUGUUUCUUGGCCCAAGCAAAUCUCUUCUUCUUAUUGGUGUCUUUUAGUAGUGUAGUAGGAUGUCGCUUGGGGGUAUCCGUACAUAUGUAGGACAUGCGAGGGUUAGGUUAAUAAACAGGCUGGAGCUAGAACCUCGUUGUCACGCGUCUUUAUUUUAGAUCAUACUACAUGGUGUCAGAAGUGGUUUUAAAAUUCACAUAAAUGUGAAGAACGUACCAAGUAAAUCAUACAUUCAGGCUGUUUCAAAGCAGGGAGGGCACAGUGUUGGAGAUAAAACAGCGCAUAUCAUUAUUUUGCUAGCUAACGAGCAAGGACUAAGCUACUGCUAAGCAACAGGUUGCAAGAGGAAUAAACUGGCGGGAUUUCAGGGUUUGCGACACCCAAGUUCAACGGGCUCUGACGCAAACACGGACAGGCCAGUGGCUAGUGCUGACGGAUUUCGCAUUAGUCCCCCGGAGAAUUUUGUUUGUAUGGACAUUCAAAACUGGCCGAAAUGGAUCGGAUCAGGCGCUUUGAAAGGUACAGGGUAGCAUCAGGCUUAAACGUGAAAAAUGAGGCAUUUCAAGUUAAUACACUGAUCUAAUCUAUGGGUGAUGAAGCCGAGGAUAUAUUAUAUGCUUCAACGUUGACCGAGGAAGAGAAACUUAACUACAGUGCUGUUAAAGACUGUUUUGAAACGCAUUUUGUAGGGAGACGCAACAUUAUUUUUGAGAGAGCUAGGUUUAAUAUGCGCCAACAGUGGCAGGGUGAAACCACCGACAGUUUUAUCACAGCUGUUCACAAACUAGCAGAACAUUGUCAGUUUGGCGCGCUCAGGGAAGAGCUGAUCCGAGAUCGGAUUGUAGUCGGGAUAAGAAAUAUCUCACUUUCUGAAAAGUUACAGUUGGAUUCCCAGCUUACCUUGUCCAAAGCUGUAAACCAGGUUAGGCAGAGUGAGACAGUAAAAAGACAGCAGACGAUGAUGCGCGAGAGCAGCUCCUUGCAGAACGAAGAGAGUGAGGAAAUACAUGCAUUUUCAUACAGAGCUAAAACAAUCACAGACGGCACCAGUAGCUAGUUCAAAUGUUUGUCGACAAUGUGGGAAAUCCCCUUUCCACAGAUGGAAAGAUUGCCCAGCAAAGGAUGCAGAAUGCAGGAAAUGUCACAGGAGAGGACACUUUUCAGCUGUCUGUCGAUUUAAAGCAAAUGCAUGAGGUCUCAGAGGAGGUACAGCAGGACAGCAUCUUUCUGGGAGAAGUAAAGGGAAACAAUGAGGCUUGUAUUCAGACAUUACACUCAAUGGGGAGGUUGUGUCAUUUAAACUAGACACUGGGGCAGCAGUGACAGCUAUCCCAACUAGGCUGAAUAGCUAUAGCAGGGAUGGCCCUUUGCUCUCUACAAACAAACAACUGUAUGGGCCCAGUAAUAACAUUUUACCAGUGGUAGGGUACUUGGUGAUCAAACUGGAGAGUAAAGACAAAAGUGCCAUGGGGCUGCCAGCAAUUGAAGCAUUGCAACUCAUUGAGAGAGUGAGCAAACUGGAGGACCCAGGUGAGGUUUUCAAAAAGAAAUUCCCAAAAGUGUUUUCUGGUCUAGGAAGGAUAGAAGGUGACUACAAAAUCCGCCUGAAAGAGGAUGCUGUCCCCUAUGCCCUUACCACCCCCCGCCGGGUGCCUAUCCCUUUAUUGGCCAGAGUAAAGGAAGAGUUGGGGAGGAUGGAAGAAAUUGGGGCGGUGUCUAAAAUAGAGUCCCACAGACUGGUGUGCAGGGAUGGUGGUCCCAAAAGCCAAUGGGGAAAUAAGGAUCUGUGUGGACAUGACUAAAUUGAAUGAGGCACUCUGCAGAGAGAGACACAUCUUACCAUCAGUGGAGCAGUCCCUGGCUCACAAGUCUUCACAAAGCUGGAUGCCCGCUCAGGUUUCUGGCAGAUACCGCUGUCAUCAGAGAGUAGGGCGCUCACAACGUUUAUAACACAGUUUGGCCGUUACUGUUUUAAUGUUUUGCCGUUUGGAAUCGCUUCCGGUCCUGAGCAUUUCCAAAGACGCACGUCCCCGCUGUUGGAGGGGCUGAGUGGCGUCAUAGUCCACGCGGACGAUGUGCUCGUGUGCGGAUGGGACAGAGCAGAACAUGAUGUAAGGCUCACAGCAGUUCUGACCCGACUCCAGGAGACUGGCCUGACACUCAAUGAAAAAUGCACUUUUGCACAAUUAGAGGUCUUGUUCUUGGGACACAAAAUCAGUGCAGCUGGAAUAGAGCCGGACCCAGAGAAGAUCAGCGCCAUCACAGAUAUGCCCAGACCCCAGAAUGUGGCUGAAGUCAGGACCUUCUUAGGCGUGGCCACAUAUGUGGGUAAGUUCCUCCCACAGUUCUCAGAUACAACCAAACCUCUGAGAGACUUACUAGCCAAAGAGAAUGACUGGUCAUGGGGUCACAUGCAACAGGUAGCGUUUGACAAAAUCAAAGGAGAUCUGGCCUCACAGAGAGUGCUGGCCCAGUACCGUCCCCACGCUAAGACAAAAGUAUCAGCAGAUGCAUCAUCCUUUGGGCUAGGAGCGGUCCUCACACAGAUGCAGGACAACAUGGAGUGGCGUCCAAUAGCAUACAUCUCCCGAAGCUUAUCCGACACAGAGCAAGGAUAUGCUCAAGUGGAGAAGGAGGCGUUGGCGAUCACAUGGGCAUGUGAAAGGCUCAGCCAAUACCUUAUUGGCCUGCAGUUUACAGCAGAGACUGAUCACAAACCCCUGUUGGCUCUGUUAGGGACAAAAGAACUGGACGACUUGCCUCCCAGAGUUCUGCGCUUCCGCCUCAGAUUACUGAGGUUCACCUACAAGAUGGUGUAUGUGCCAGACAAGGCACUGAUCACAGCAGAUGCACUCUCCAGGGCCCCAAUUAAAUGUCCAUUAUCAGAGGAGGAGCAAUGUCUAGAGGGUGAGGUACAGGUGUCCAUUAAUGCAAUAAGGGACAGUCUACCUGCAUCUCAGACCAAACUGCAGCAGAUUGCAGAGGAGCAACAACAAGACCACAUCUGCCAACAUAUAGUGCAAAAAGGGAUGGCCCAGGCAGGAGGAACUGCCUCAGCUGCUGAAGCCCUAUUGGGUGCACCAAAGUGACUUCCACUGUAAUGGAGACCUUCUCAUGAAAGGACAACGGAUAGUUAUCCCAGAGACUCUACAACCAGAAAUGCUAGACAGAGUGCAUGAUGGACACAUGGGGAUAACCAAAUGCAGACUGAGGGCUCAACAGUCAGUGUGGUGGCUUGGUCUGAGUACUCAGAUUGCCAAGCUAGUGGCCCAGAGUGAGGUCUGUACAAAAUGUCAACCUUGUCAUCCGGAGCCAAUGAUGGCAACGGAGCUGCCAAAACGGCCAUGGCAAAAGGUAGGGGCGGAUAUGUUCGAUUGGAAAAAUGACACUUAUCUGCUAGUGGUAGAUUACUACUCAAGAUACAUUGGAAUAGCAAAGACACCCAUAACCACAUCAGCUGGUGUUAUCAAUGGAUUAAAGUCCAUUUUUUCCAGGCAAGGUCAAUCGAGGUCCUGGUUACAGAUAAUGCUCCCCAGUUCUCUGCGAGUUCUUUUUCUGCUUUUGCCGCAGAAUAUGACUUCAUACAUGUGACCAGUAGCCCCUACCAUGCACAGAGUAAUGGUGAGGCAGAGAGAGCUGUGAAAACAGUCAAGGGACUGCUGAAAAAGAACAAGGAUCCAUAAAGGGCUCUGUUAGCUUACAGAGUUACACCACUGCAUCAUGGGCCGUCGCCUGCCGAGCUCCUGAUGGGCAGGAGGCUGCGUUCCCCAUUGCCUGUCUCGCCGGCUCAGCUUAAACCCCAAUGGCCUAACAGAAAGGCCUUCGCUGAGAGGGACAAACGUCUGAAACAAACGCAAACUGGAGACUUUAAUCGGAGACACCGUGCUAAGGAGAGGCCAGAGCUGGCAGAAGGUCAACGUGUGUGGAUUACAAACUCAAAGACACCAGCAAUAGUGCUGAGGAAAGCGGAUGCCCCACGCUCCUAUGUGGUGGACACAGGCUCAGAAGAGGUACGAAGGAACAAAACACACCUCAGAGCUCUUCCAGAUCUACCAGCCACACAGACCAAGGCCACAGAAAAUGCACAAAAAGAGGGUGAAGGAGAGAGAAUGCUCACAGAGCCACAAGCGCACCCAAAAAGGGAUGUGAAGCCACCAGAGUGGCUGAAAUACUAUGUUACGUGAAGAGAAAACAUACUGCUGGGGAACAUACCAAGCAAAAAGAGACUGUACCUAAGUUCAUGUUCAUACUGUGUGAUUUAAUGCUUUCAUACUGUUUCAGGGUGGGAAGUAGCAUGUUAGAGAAUAAUACUGGUUUCCAAAUUGCAUUUCAGUUAUGCUUCAGUGGUUAUGCAUGUUGAGUUCUUGUUCAUGGGAGAGGGGAAGAUGUAGUAGGCUGUCCCUUGGGGGUAUCCGUACCUAUGUAGGACAUGCAAGGGUUAGGUUAAUAAACAGGCUGGAGCUAGAACCUCGUUGUCGUGCGUCUUUAUUUUAGAUCAUAUUUUAUUUUAGAUCGUUUCUUUGCAGCAAUUUGACCAUGGAGGCCUGAUUCACACAGUCUCCUCUGAACAGGUGAUGUUGAGAUCUUGAGUGUCUUACUUGAACUCUCUGAUGCGUUAAUUUGGGCUGAAAUCUGAGGUGCAAUUAACUCUAAUGAACUUGUCCUCUGUACCAGAGGUAACUGUGGGUCUUCCUAUUCUGUGGUGGUCCUCAUGAGAGCCAGUUUCAUCACAGCGCUUGAUGGUUUUUGCGACUGCACUUGAAGAAACUUUCAAAGUUCUUGAAAUGUUCCGGGUGGACUGACCAGUAAUGAUGGACUGUCAUUUUCUCUUUGAUUAUUUGAGCUGUUCUUGCCAUAAUAUGGACUUGGUCUUCCUCAGGGCUAUCUUCUGUAUACCACCCCUACCUUGAAACAACACAACCGAUUGGCUGUAAUGCAUUAAGAAGGAAACCAAUUCCAUAAAUUCACUUUUAACAAGGCACACCUGUUAAUUGAAAUGCAUUCCAGGUGACUACCCCAUGAAGCUGGUUGAGAGAAUGCCAAGAGUGUGCAAAGCUGUCAUCAAGGCAAAGUGUAGCUACUUUGAAGAAUCUCAAAUAUAAAAUAUCUUUUGAUUUGUUUAAUACAUUUUUGGUUACUACAUGAUUCCAUAUGUGUUAUUUCAUAGUUUGGAUGUCUUCACUAUUAUCCUACAAUGUGUAAAACAGUGAAAAUAAAGAAAACCCCUUGAAUGAGUAGGUGUGUCCAAACUUUUGGCUGGCACUGUAUGUAUGUGACUUUGCAGAUCUGUUUCACAUUAAACACCUACUGUAAGUACGCCAUUUGUCAAAUGUGCUAUUCAUUGUUACAAGUGAAUGGGGGUUAGUUGACUGACUGCCCCCAUGUGAAUUAACUAAUAAAAUAUUAGCUGUC